UUCUCAUUCUAUCCACAAGAUCAUGGCGCAAAAAUCAGUUGGCAGUUUCAAUUUCUGCUUCAUCCUCACCUUUAUCACCAUCUUCAACCAGAAAAAAAGGCAGCAACGAUAGAAGUGACUGAGCGGACACCGGAAACUGAGAAAAGAAACUGACGAAUUGCGUUGAGUCGGCCAUUGCUGGUGCUUUCUUGGCCUGUUUCCAUCAGUUUCACCUUCUUCACUCUGAUGGGUAUCAUGUUUAAGCAAUAAAAUCGUCCGAGGAAGAAGAGAAAAUCGAGAAAAUGCGCAUACUUGAAGCGCCUCUUUCUUGUUCUAAAAUGGCCUCACCCUGCAGUUACUCCCCAGCCCUCUACAAGAAUUUUAGUGCAGACUGUGGAGGUUUCUCUUCAAGAAAAUGCUCCUUUCUUAAAGGUCAUCUGGACACCACAAGGUGGGUUCGAUGCAAGUCGAAACAUUUCCGGGGUAAAACAGAAGGACAUGUCGUUUUGCCUAGGUGCGUUCUCCCGUUGACCGAGGAAAAUGUGGAGAAGGUUUUGGAUGAGGUGAGGCCUGGUUUGAUGGCCGACGGAGGCAAUGUAGCCUUGCACGAGAUAGAUGGCCUUGUUGUGGUGCUGAAACUCCAAGGAGCAUGUGGGUCGUGCCCGAGCUCGACAAGGACUCUGAAGAUGGGCAUUGAAACUCGCUUGCGGGACAAGAUACCGGAAAUUAUGGACGUCGAGCAGAUCAUGGACACUGAAACAGGUCUCGAGUUGAAUGAAGAAAAUAUCGAAAAGCUGCUGGCGGAGAUAAGACCAUACCUUUCGGGAACCGGUGGCGGUGUACUUGAGCUUGUUCAGAUUGAUGGAUAUGUCGUCACAGUUCGGCUGAGUGGACCUGCAGCAGGGGUUAUGACUGUCCGCAUCGCUUUGACGCAAAAGUUGAGGGAAAAGAUUCCGGCUAUUGCAGCUGUCCAGCUUGUAGAAUGAUAGGAUGCAACUGGAAUAUGUUUGCUAUGUUGAGCAGAAGUUGGAGAGCCAACAAAGUAUAUGCAAAGUGCUUUUGUAGGAUCUUAUUUUUUUCAGUGUAAUCAUAUACUGGGGAAGCAUUAAGAAAUAGACAGGGAAAGGUGAGGGAAUAGUCUUUUCUGUGUUUCUAUUGAUACCAGUGAUAGGGUUGUUUUAUGGUUACAGCGUGAACUCUGCAGAUUUUCUAUUGAAAUCUGCAAUAAUCAUGACAUCGAGCUCGUGUUUGAGCAAGAAUGCCAUGAUCAUUGCAUGAGUUCAAUUGGAAGGGCAUAGAUGUUCCUUCCUACUUAAACCUGUAAGCAGCAAGUUAAAAGCGAGAGUAUGAAAGUACUGGCCAGAUCGUGAUCUUAAACGCGC